AUGCCCUCCGCGACAGCUUCCGGUGCGGAUGCAACUCCCAACGGCUCUGCCAAAUCCAGAGAGCAUAACCAAGGGAACCAGGAUCGGAAAUACACUCCAGAACAGAGAGCGGCAGUGAUACGAGUACGGAACUGUUCACCGACUGCUUUCUACGAGAUCCUAGCUGUAGAGAAGACGGCGUCCGAUGGAGAGAUUAAGAAGGCUUAUCGGAAGCUCAGUUUAUUAACACAUCCCGAUAAGAAUGGGUUUGAGGGGGCAGAUGAGGCUUUUAAGAUGAUAUCCCGAGCAUUUCAGAUACUAUCGGAUGCAGACAAAAAAUCCAAAUAUGACAAGUUUGGUGGAGAUCCGGACAAUCGAUUUUCUCCAGGAUCGUCGUCGGCGUCGUCAUUCAGCGGAUUCGGUGGAUUCCAACCAGGAGGGGGUAGAGGACCAAUGUAUAAUGAAGAGAUAUCGCCAGAGGAACUUUUCAAUAGGUUCUUUGGUGGAGGAGGCUUUGGACCUUUUGGUGGGGGGUUGUUUGACAGUGGGCCACAGUUUGUCUUUAAUAUGGGAGGAGGUCCCAACAUCCGUGUUCAUCAAUUUGGCGGCACACGACCCCGGAGACGACCCCGUGAGGCAGAUCAGCAAUCAGGUGCCAAUACCCAACCUGGGGGCAUGGCGUCACUCGCCCAGUUUAUCCCGCUCCUCCUCAUAUUCUUCCUCCCACUCCUCACUUCUUUCUUCUCCAGCUCAACCUCUUCUGGACCUUCCCUUCGAUUUGGCAGUGCCUCCCCCCCGCAUACGAUGCAACGAACCACCCCAAAGCUCAAACUUGACUAUUUCAUAAACCCGGCAGAAGUAGAAGAUUUCAGUGCGCGCAAAUUCCACCAGCUUGACCAAAAGGUUGAGAUUGAUUAUGUAUCGAACCUACGACAUGAUUGCGAACGCGAAGUCCAAGCACGGGAGCAGAUGAUACAAGAUGCUCAGGGGUGGUUUUUCCCAGACGUCGAGAAGCUGAAGGAGGCACGAUCGUUGGAGCUUCGGAGUUGCAAAAAGUUAAAUUCUUUGAAGCUCUGA